CAAGAAUGCGCAAAGUACCUCGGUAUGCCAAAGGUCCGCGGGGCUGAACUCAUUGUCUCGAUAAUGUGUGAUUAGCGCUUACUUGCAUGAGAUCCUUUAGGAGAUAUCUAUAUUAUAAUCCAUCUGCCCCUUCUGAUGGGUUAUCAAACGUUCUGUGCUGCACAGGGUUGAUCUCCCUCGAGUCGUCGCUAUAUGACCAAGAACGCCAUGGGCAGUGCGUCUCAAAAUGCAGGCUCCGCAGACCUGAGUGUCUGGGAGAAACUAGAUCUCGUUUGCAAAAUUGUCCUUAUCCUUGUCACGAUUCCUUUUCGUCUUGUUGCUGGGCUUUUCCGAGGAUCGCGAGGCGCAAAGUCGUAUCGAGUCCACGUUGGUCAUGGGUUGGUGAGAACGCUCACGGGGCGUUUGACAGCCCGACAAACUCAGUAUAUGGGCCCUCCUACAAACAAAGGAUAUGAAGCGUGGGCAAAAGAAAACCGCUUCCCCCCGGAUACUGUGGAGUUGAAGCAUGGAGGUCUCGGACACUGGCUGGGAAACAAGAAGGCGAAAAAAGUCCUGAUCUACUACCAUGGUGGGGGCUUCCAAUUGAGCGCGAACCCCUUCUAUUUUAAAUUCCUCUCAGAUCUUAUACAAGACCUGGGAAAACAGGGCAAAGAUCUGUCUGUCUUCCUCCUCACUUACACUCUGACGCCACAUGCUACAUACCCAACUCAAUUGAGGCAAUCUGUCGAGGCCCUUCGCUAUAUUCUUUCAACCUCACAGUAUUCUCCCUCCGACAUUUACCUUGGAGGAGACUCUGCGGGCGGAAAUAUCUGCCUAGGUGUCCUGUCACAUCUUUCUCACCCACACCCGGAAAUCGAAGCAGUCCAGCUAAAUCGCCAGCUGGGUGGAAUGUUCAUGUUAUCUCCCUGGGUGAGCUUCUCGGCAGAUUGGCCGUCAGUCCGAGAGCACGAGUACAAAGAUGUGGUGGAUAAAAAAUCCGGCUUGAAAUGGGCAGAUGAUUUCCUUGGGGGUCGAAAGGGCGAUAACUACUGCGAGGCGGUUCUUGCGCCUCCCGAAUGGUGGGCAAAUGCGAAAGUUCGCGAUGUCUUGGUUAUUGCAGGCUCUGAGGAGCUGUUAUUGUCGUCUAUUGAGGUGUUUGUGAAGAAAUUCAAGGGACAAGUACCCAACACACAAUACGUUCUUGUGCCAGAUGAGGGCCAUGUGUCUGUCAUUCUGGAUAGCAUGAUCGGAGUAGAGCAAACCCGCCAGGAAAAGGCGCUCAAGUCUUGGCUCAGUGAUGUUAUUUAAAUCAUCGAACAGAUUGGGAGAAUUAUGAGACCUUCUCUUCCGCUGUCUUUACAUAAUUGACCGCUGACUCCAACGAUGUACUGGCUAGUAUACAUACAGUAUACCAAUUCACAACCUCUAGAACCAC